AUGAUAAUCAUGAUCAUAGUUCCGGAGGCUCCGGUGGUAAUGGAGGAGAUGGGGGUUCUGGUGGCUCCGGCGGACGCGGCAGCAACAGAUCACCCCGCAAAGGCGAAGACGGAGGUAAUGGAGGCAAUGGGGGUAACGGAGGUCCUGGCGGUUCCGGCGACUCUGGCCAAGGCGGCCCAUGAGGCAACGGAGGCAAUGGAGGCAAUGGAGGCAAUGGAGGACCUGGUGGCUCCGGCGGCUCUGGUGGCCCAGGAUGCAAUGGGGGCAACGGAGGCAAUGGGGGAUCUGGCGGCUCCGGCGGAAAAGGAGGAAUCGGCAGCAACAGAUCGCCCAUCAAACGCGGCCACGGACGUAAUGGACGAAACGGGGGCAAUGGAGGAUCUGGCGGAAACUGUGGACGCCGAAGCAACAGGUCCCCUGGCAUACGAUGCCGCGGAGGAAACGGAUGUAAUGGACGCAAUGGAGGACCUGAUGGUUCUGGAAACUCCAGGGACUCUGGCCCAGGCGGCCCGGGAGGUAAUGGAGGUAACGGGGGUAACGGAGGUCCUGGCGGUUCCGGUGACUCUGGCCCAGGCGGUCCGGGAGGCAACGGAGGCAAUGGAGGCAAUGGAGGCAAUGGAGGACCUGGUGGUUCUGGAAGCUCCAGUGACUCUGGCCCAGGCGGCCCGGGAGGUAAUGGAGGUAAAGGGGGUAACGGAGGUCCUGGCGGUUCCGGUGACUCUGGCCCAGGCAGUCCGGGAGGCAACGGAGGCAAUGGAGGAUCUGGCGGCUCCGGCGGCUCUGGUGGCCCAGGAGGCAACGGUGGAUCCGGCGGAAACGGUGGACGCGGAAGCAACAGGUCCCCUGGCAGAGGUGGCCGCGGAGGAAACGGAGGUAAUGGGGGCAAUGGAGGCAAUGGAGGACCUGGUGGCUCCGGCGGCUCUGGUGGCCCAGGAGGCGAUGGGGGCAACGGAGGCAAUGGAGGAUCUGGUGGCUCCGGCGGCUCUGGUGGCCCAGGAGGCAAUGGGGGCAAUGGAGGCAAUGGAGGACCUGGUGGCUCCGGUGAAUCUGGUGGCCCGGGAGGCAACGGGGGCAAUGGAGGCAAUGGAGGACCUGGUGGCUCCGGCGGCUCUGGUGGCCCAGGAGGCGAUGGGGGCAACGGAGGCAAUGGAGGAUCUGGUGGCUCCGGCGGCUCUGGUGGCCCAGGAGGCAAUGGGGGCAAUGGAGGCAAUGGAGGACCUGGUGGCUCCGGCGGCUCUGGUGGCCCAGGAGGCAACGGUGGACGCGGAAGCAACAGGUCCCCUGGCAGAGGUGGCCGCGGAGGAAACGGAGGUAAUGAGGGUAAUGGAGGCAAAGGAAGUUCUCCAAAUCGAAGCACCAUGUCAUCAAAUGCCAGCAAGACUUCAACUAGGAGUACAGAGUCUUCAAGUCCAACCAAGAACAAAAACUCUUCGAUCUCGUCGAACACAUCCUCUGUAA